CCAGCGCUCACGAUUCCAAGCACCAGUUGUUGAACGCCUUGCAACUACACCAGACAUGAAGCUCCCACUCUUCGCCGUCGCGCUGCUGGCGCUCGUCGCCGUCGCCUUCGCUGAACCCGAACCCGAACCCUGGAGAGGUGGAUUCCGUGGUGGAUACGGAGGAGGAUUUGGUGGAUUCCGUGGUGGAUUUGGUGGUGGUGGCUUCGGAGGAGGCUACGGAUAUGGCCGCAAGAAGCGUGCUGCUGAACCUGAAGCCCUGGCUGAAGCUUCCCCCGAGCCUGAAGCUCUGCCAUGGGGUGGUGGAUUCCGUGGAGGAUACGGUGGUGGAUUUGGUGGAUUCCGUGGCGGAUUUGGAGGUGGUGGAUUCGGAGGAGGCUACGGAUACGGCCGGAAGAAGCGCUCUGCUGACCCUGAGCCCGAGCCUGAAGCCCAGCCCUGGCGUGGUGGAUUCCGUGGAGGAUACGGUGGUGGAUUUGGAGGAUUCGGAGGAGGCUUCGGAGGAUUCCGUGGUGGCUAUGGAUAUGGAAAGUAGACCGGCUGAAUACGGCAAUUCAAUCGUCCUGUGAUUUCUGAUAGUACAAUAAACUUGUGAAUAAUUCA